AUGGCGCUCACCCUCGAGGCCUUGAUCAGCUCCUUGCUGGGCUGGAUCACGGCCGGCGUCGCCAUGGCCGCCUUCGUCCCGCUCAUCGCGACCAACGCCGUCAAGCGGCGCAGCGGGACGGGCCCGGGCUUCUUGUUCGCCUGGCUCGUCGCAGACGCCGUCAACCUCGCCGGGAUCGCGCUCCUCGGCGCGCAGCCGACGCAGAUUGUCUUGGCGGCGUGGUACUGCGUCGCCGACGGUGCGCUCGCUCUCGAGCUCGGCUUCUUCGGCCACUCGGACUGGGGCACUCGCGACCCGAAGCGCGCCAAGGACCUCAUCCGCCGCAUUCAGCGCCACGAGACGCCAUGGUGGUUCAAGCUCACGACCCACUUUCGCGACUCUACGGUCUGGGACGACAUCGUCCUCCUUACGGUCCUCGUCCUCCUGUGCACGACGAUCUGGGGCGCAUACAUGACCACGGGCCUGUGGCUCAACCCGGACUCGUUCAGCGUCCACGCGCCGACCGAGUGGGACACGAUCUCGUUCGCGCUCGGCAUCUCGGCUUCCCUCAUCUUCUCGUUCGCGCGCAUCCCCGAAUUCAUCUCGGGCGAGCGUCGCAGCAAACGCAACGACGAGCCAGUUCACGACCUCGACGACCCGCUCUUCUACUACCUCAUCCUCGAGAACAUCUUCAACCUCGCGUCCAUCUUUACGCUGUCGCGAGACGUCGACUAUAUCAAGGUCGAGUCACCCUGGAUCAUCGGCUCCCUCCUGUCCAUCUUGUUCGACUCGAUCCUCGUGUGGCGCAUCACGGUGUGGCGCAAGAAGUUCUUCAACGACAAGAACCCGGCGUGGCGCAAGAUCAAGGCGGCCCGGGCGACGCGCGACAACGUGCGCAAGAAGCUCAAGGACGAGCUCGAGGAGCGCGAGGAGGAGUGGACGCUGCAGGACAUCCUGCAGGACAAGGACGACGACCUCGUCGACGUCAAGCCGGGCGCCGGCUUCUGGGACAAGCGCCACGCCAAGAAGCACAACGCGAACGUGCACCAGGUCCGCCAGGAGUACGCCCAGCAGGAAUCUCACCCGGUCAUUCAGGGCCUGCACACCCGCAUCGCCAAGCGAGCCAAGCGCGACGCCGCCGUCAACAAGUACGACGACCACGUCAAGGCGCACGGCCGCGGUCCAUCGAGCGACGAGAUCGACGAGGACAACGAGAAGCGGCACCACGUCGCGCUCGACGUGCACGACCCGCUCGACUCGUCGGGCUUUGAGCUGGGCGGCGGCGACGAGACGGCGCACCUCACCGACCAAGGGUGGCCCAGCAGGCGCUCGACUCCCCACGACGACGAGCGGCCGCGGCGGUACCACGAGCGGCUCAGCUUGUCGCGGCCGGGCUCGAGGGCGCAGGAGCGUCGGCAACAGGGUUCGUGA